UUUUGUUCCGAGUAUUUGUUGUGUUCAGACGCGUUUUUAGACGUUUUUAGAGCAAGUGACAGCAGAAGAUGUCAACAUGCCCCUGGGUAUCGACAGAAGUCACUUUUACGCUGACAAAAUCAAACAUUAUGAAAAGGAUAUGCGGACGAAGGAUGAGCGAAUAUCAACAUUGGAAACAGAAAAUGCGAUGCUGUAUCUAAAGUUGGCCCAGCUUAGAGGAACACUACAGACAAACAGGGAGGAUAUGUCGGGGCUACAGAACCAGUUUGACUCGGAACAAAAGUUCAGGAAAUCCAUCGCUCAAUAUGCAACAAAAUUGAAACAUGAUGUUAAUAGACUGCGAGAAGAUUUGUCGGAUGUCCACAAGAUUGCCAUAAAUAUGCCACAGGAUUUUGGUUCUCAGAUUGAUCGUGCUUCAACAGUGAUCCAUCGACACCGUCACAUGUUCCAAUCUCAAACAUCUAGUCUUUCCGUCCUACAAGAUAAGAUUGAGCAAAUGAACACAGCGCUCCAAGAUAUCACAGAUCGGCAUGCCAAAGAGAAGAAACGGCGACAGGAACUUCAUAAUACACUCAUGGAACUUAGGGGUAAUAUACGAGUUCACUGUCGACUAAGACCAUUGAUGGAGUUUGAUACAGGUUUAGAGGACCCGUCAACACUUGGCAGAAUUGGAACGAAAUCUGAGGUGGUUGUACAUUAUGUUGAUGAUGAAAAUGCAUGCGUACGGACAGCUAAACAUAACAAAGUGUUUGAAUUUGAAAGAGUGUAUGAUCCUAAAGAGAGCCAAGAGAAUGUGUUUUACGAGGUACAGCCUAUGUUGACAUCGUUAUUGGAUGGGUACAAUAUCUGUAUCAUGGCGUAUGGCCAGACAGGUAGUGGUAAGACUCAUACAAUGCUGGGUAGUCACAAGAAUGAGGACUAUAAUGCAUCACUGGAGCCACACCCAGAGGAGGGAGUCAUCCCUCGUGCAGCUAGAGAGCUCUUCAGGUUGAUAUCGGAGAAACCAGAGAGACAUCAUACCAUAGAGGUCUCUGUUGUAGAGAUAUAUAACAACGACAUUCGGGACCUCCUUAGCAGUGAUGCCAAUACAAAACACGAUAUCAGCACAGGGGUAGAUAACUCUAUCAACCUACCCACCAUCACAUUCAAGGAAGUAGACAAUGUAUAUGAUGUCAUGUGUCUAGUCCAGCGGGGAUUGAAAGCUAGACGUGAAUCGUCCACUCUUGUCCAUGACCAUUCUAGUCGAUCUCACUUAGUGGUCACUCUGACCGUAAACUCCCAGGCUCCUAGCUUCUUCUCUAAACCUUCCACACAGGACGGGGCUAUGCAGCAGACAACAAGUAGAGAUGCCAGGGGACGAUCUCUGUCUGUUCCGAUGUCAAUGAUAAGUGGCCCAGGUCCUGAACCGCCAUCAUCCGACAGCCAGGCAGUCAUUAGGACCAAGUUACAGUUGGUGGACCUUGCUGGUAGUGAAUGUGUUGGGAUGAGUGGUGUGACAGGAGCUGCUCUGAGGGAAGCUUCCCACAUCAACAAGAGUCUGUCCGCCCUGGCUGAUGUCCUAGGUGCUUUGUCAGAGCAUAGAGGCCAUGUUCCUUACCGAAAUAGUCGUCUUACUCAUCUCCUUCAGGACUCAAUAGGUGGAGAUGCCAAGUUACUAGUGCUGCUCUGCGUGUCGCCCUCCCAGCGUUACAUCACAGAGUCACUGCAAUGUCUGGGCUUCGGUACACGUGCCAGGCAGGUAGCACGAGGACCAACCAAGCGCCGACUCCCCUCCUCAGCCGAGAAAGUCAUUGCUGAUAACACACAGCGACCAAGAACAGGAAAAACAUAGCUCAUUGUUUUUACCUUUUGGUGAUUCAGAAACUUUUUUGAACACUUGCAUUCCAAGUUGUACCAUCUUACAGGAAAUGGCAGUAGAGUUCAUGGAACUUGAUGGAAACAAUUGAAUUCCUGCCUUAGCAGGGACAAUUUAGUCUUUAAUUCAAUUCAUUACACAGCUGUAUGUGAUACAAGAAACUGUUUGGACUUCAAAACUUAAGAAGGGAUAAUGAAUUUGACAUUAUGUUAUCAAUGGAUUGGUAAGAUUGCUGUGGUGUAUAAGGUAUUGUCAAAAUAAUUCUUACUCUAGCUUUAUAAGAAAUGAGAAACAAGUAAAGAUAACUUCAUCAGUCUUAUAUAAGAUAGCUGAAGGAGUCGAAUAUACAUGUACUGUAGUAGUGACAUAUGGUUAUUCUUCAGAUAUUUUAGAAAAUUAAGCAUGGAUAGAAGAUUUGUAUGUGCACUUCAAUAAAUUGUAUCAAUUGUGUUCCUGCUAUAUCGAUACUGUUCAGAAAAAUGUUAAUGCUAUAUAGACACUGUUCAGAAAAGUGUUCUUGCUCUAUCGAUUCUGUUCCAAAAGUGUUCUUGCUCUAUCGAUUCUGUUCCAAAAGUGUUCUUGCGAUAUCAAUACUGCUAAGAUAAUUGUUCAUGUCAUAGCAGUUUUCACAUUUCUGUCAAGAUGGAAGUGUUCAAUUUCUUCUAUGAAAAGACAAAGCUAUAUUGUGUUAAAUCCGUCCAAAAUAAUGUUGACUGUGAUAUUUUGUUUGUCAUGAUAAAUACAUUUUAUGUAUAUUUCAUAUGAUGAUUUAUGAAUCUAUAAAUGAAACUAGUGAACAAAA